UAGCCACUUGUUGAUUCAACUUUUGUAAACAAAAAAGUAAACUAAUGUCUUGGCCUGGCAAACUGCUAAUUACCUACGAAAACUUUACAACCGAUUUGCCAGUUCUUAGCAUUGACAAGAAGCCAUAUGGAUGCCCUGCUUCCUGCCACUGCAAGUGCAAAUGCUGUCGAGGAUUCAGGGAGAAGUACGUGGCAUUCAAUGGGGAAGGAGACACCAUAUUUGGAACGGAUUUCUCCAGCAAGUUCUGCGAAGACGUUCAGAAAAUUAUGCGAUUCCGAAGCUCGGAUGUGCUGCUUUUGCUACGCACAGCACAAUUACGCGAUAAUUUCUGGACCAAUGAGUAUUUUAAGGCUGAUUUACAAGACGAUUUUCGAGCAAUAUUCGAUGCCUUUGAAGACAAGAACCGAAAAGUGCAAUUGGAAAAGUUAGCUGCCAUUCUGGAUACAGUGAGCACCGGCUACAGACGUUCAGUUAGCCAACUGACAGGCCAGGAAGCACAUGGAGCUCUACGUCCCAAAAUUGCAGCUUUAUUCCUACCAGGACUACGCUGUUAUUGCUAUAAAUGUGAGAAUCUACCGUGGAAAAAGCUUCAGGACGUGGAGGAUCACCAAAGGACCCAUCGCUAUUCAGACAACUUUCACUGCCAGAUAUGCUACAGACGAUUCUAUCUGCAGCACUCGUUAACCUCACACAUAAUUAGAAAAUCCACAAGCUCGCGGGAACUCCACGAAAACAAGAGAUAUAAAAGACUACUGGAGGAUCAGAAGUCACAAGAGCAGAAGGAACUGGAGCUAUCACUUAACAAGGUAGAGGAUAUAUUGGUGCCAGUUGCCAAGGACCUGCAAUCGUACUUCAAGGAUGAAUCGAAACUUCCAAUCCAAAAACGAAAGACUUCUAGCCUUAGCAAAUGUCCAACCUGCGCUCAAAACUAUGGCUUCUCCUUUAGCCACCAGCUGCAUAUGAUGAAGCAUAGACGGGAAAAGCUACAUACAAACUUCCCUUUCCACUGUUCCUUUUGCAACAGGUCGUUUCUCACCCGGAAAUUCCUACGUAAGCACCAGAAGAGGGUUAGAACAUUCAGUACGCUGCUAUAUCGCCCCUUUAAGUGUCCUCACUGCACAUGGAGAUUCCAACUGAAGUCUGCCCUCGAUGCCCAUGUGCUGCAAAACCAUGAACGCAGAAAACCCUGCCUAAUAUGCAAGCUACUAACCUCCCGUCUAUGUUGUUCUGCUCAUACCUCGAAGGAAUGUAAUAGGGCCAUGCAAAAAUAUGGAGACAAAAUGCGUCCGUUGAGAGAACCUCCAAAAGUAGGCUGCAGGAAGCGACCUACGCCAGUCUGCGAAAUCUGCAAUAGGAAGUUCACGAGGAAAUUUUUCCUCGAGGAACACAUGAACAAAGUUCAUUUGAACAAGAGGAAUUUCACCUGCGAAAUCUGCGGAGCGAAUUUCUACAGUCAGGGCACCAUGCAAACCCAUCGAAAAGCAGUGCAUCUUUUAGUUCACACCGUCAAGUGUGAAGUUUGCGAUCUGACCAUUAAAUCGAAGGGAAAUUACCGAAGGCAUUGCAAAUCUCAAAGCCAUAAGGACAACCUUGUAAAGUUCGGGAAAAACAAUGAUAAUACAGAAGAGAGUAAUUGCCGCAAAGGUUUUUCUACUAUUUUAAGAGCCACCGAAGAAAAGCUUGAUAUUGAAGCAAGUUCGUCAACAAACACAGAUAUGACUUUAGAAAGUAGAAGUACACCUAACUACAAAAAAAUUGGCAUAAAAACUAAGCAGACCCACUCAAAAACAACACCAUGUAGAUCGAAAAAAAGAGGCAAAAUUAAAAUCUGUCAAACCUGCGGAAAUUCAAUUGUUGGAAGUAUGGAAAGGCAUUACAGAUCCAUUAAACAUAAACUAAAUUUAAUGGCACAAGCAAAAAUGUUCAAAAAAUAAUUUACUUUUUCAAUAUAUCGUUUAUCUUCAUAAAUAGAAA